AUGGUCAUACAUUUUCUUCAACUCAACGGCAUUAGUCCAGCAACAGGUACAUAUUGUAAAACUUGGAUGUAUGUUGAAUUCACUCUUGAAGCAGUAACUAAUUAUUUAGUAGCUGUCAUGUCUAUUCAACGACAUACACUAGUCUUUCGACCAAAUCUAUUUAUUAUACGUUUCAAACGUUAUCUCCUAUACUAUUUACCACUUCUAUGUUGCAUUAUUUAUCCCAUUAGUUUUUACAUGGGUGCUGUUGUAUUCUAUCCAUGUGAUCCUGCACAAUGGAACUUCACAUUGAACAUGUGUGGUGAUACAAUUUGUUUUCUAUCAGGUAGUGAAGUAUUGGCUACAUAUGAUUGGAUAGUGAAUAGUGGCUUACCAAUUAUUCUUAUAAUGUUGGCCAAUCUAAUACUCAUCAUAAGAGUAGUUAAACAAAAAUCUCGUAGACAAAAAACCGUUUCAUGGUCGAAACAACGGCGUAUGACAUUGCAACUAGUUAGUAUAUCAAGUCUUUAUUUAUUAACAUGGUUACCUACCAUUAUUACUGGUAUAAUGCAACAGAUAUGUCCAUCGAAUUAUUUAUAUGGAAUUCAAGAAGAUUUCAUAUCAGAUCUUACAUAUUUGAAUUGCCUAUUAAUGCCAUGGAUGUCUCUUGGAUUACUUCCUGAUUUUCAUAAAUGGAUGCUAAAGCGAUUCAAGCAUAUAACAACUCGACAAAAUACGAUUAGACCUACAGCCUAA